UCUUCCCAACCUAUAAAAACACCAACACACGUUUAAAACCAUCUUCUCCUAAUCCCCUUCCUUCAUAUCCCCCCCUCCCUUCCCUACUACUCUUUCUAAACUUCAUAUAUAUAUACACACACAUAUCAUUCAUAUAUAUUUAUAUCUAUAAUAAUCGUCGUUUGAUCAUGACUACGAUUACUUUACAAAAACUCAUAUCGCAAAUAACAAAACGUUUAUCGGAUCGCAAAUGGCGGUUUAUUCUACUAUUUAUGAUCAUUCCGAUUUCUCUUUUCCUUUUUCUCUCCAUCACCAGCAAUCCUUUGCAAUAUUAUUUAAAUAAUCUCAAACUUAACUCAUCAUUAUUUUUCAACAACAAUAAAAAUAAUAAUAAUCGAAAUAAUCGUCUUUCGGCUAAUAACUCGACUGAUCCUUUAUUAUCCGAAUUACGACGGUCUAGAAUUGCGGUUUGUUUAGUAGGUGGAGCAAGGCGGUUUGAACUGACUGGACCGUCGAUUAUUGAGAAGGUUCUAGAAGAGUAUCCGAAUGCUGACUUGUAUUUAAACAGUCCGUUAGAUUUAAAUUCUUAUAAGUUUUCGUUGCUGAAAUCGGCUCCGAGAAUUGCGGAGAUUAGGAUUUUUAAGCCGGAGAAGAUACCGGAAAGUGAUGCGGCUGUCAGAGUGUUGACGGCGAGUAACUCGCCUAAUGGCAUCCAGGGUUUGUUGCAGUAUUUCAAUCUGGUAGAAGGUUGCUUAACAAUGAUCAAAUCAUACCAACAACAAAACAACUUCACCUACCACUGGAUUAUCCGAACCCGGGUCGACGGGUACUGGUCGACCCGACUCAAACACGACAUGUUCAUCCCAGGACAUUACGUCGUCCCAUCCGGAUCCUCAUACGGCGGUCUCAACGACCGUUUUGGUAUAGGCGACUUCAACACCUCCAUCACCGCCUUGUCGCGUCUCUCAAUGAUCCAAGAACUCGACACCGCCAAACUCCACGAACUCAACUCAGAAUCAUCGUUUCUCUCCCAACUAAGAAUACGAAACGUUUCAUACGUCACAAAACGUGUCCCGUUCUGUGUCGUGUCGGAUCGAACAUAUGAUUUCCCUCCUGGGAAAUUCGGUGUUCCUGUGGCGGCUAUGUCAAGUAAUGGGCCGUUGAGUGGGGCGAAAUGCAGGCCAUGUAAGUCUAGUUUUUCUAGUAAAUGGGCCGAGGGGGUUGUAAAUGGGCUGGAUCGACAAUGGAGUUGGACCGAAAGCAGGAAUGGGACAAUGCAGCUUUGUGAUGGGCAUAAGGAAUGGGAAAAAGGGUGGCAAGAUGUGUUUGAUAAAGCUGUUGGAAAGAAAUUGGUGGUAGAGAGAAAAAGAGUUGAGAAAUUGAAGUUUGAUGAAUGCGUUAAAGAUUUUCAGGUUAUGAAACGGCGAUCGGCGGUUUGGGAUGUGCCGUCGCUGGAGGAAGUUUGUCAGCCUCUUCGAUAGAUUAUAGAUAUAGAAAACAAAACAUUGUCUAUACGUUUUUUUUUCUUUUGAGGGUAAAUAUGGAUUGACACGUCAUUGUUUUUGGAAAUGA